GUUACUGUGAUUGGUCCCGGUUGGUUAGAGACGUUGUUGAACUGCAGGUCGGAGAGAAAGAGCAAACAGGGGACCUCGGAGUUGCCAAAUGGUUGAACUAUGGCUGCUCCUGUUAGCAUGUGCUGCCGUCUGUUUGACAGAAACGGCGCUUUGACACGUGUUAGGAAACUGUUUGCACGGCGCGUGAACAGAAGCAUUGCGCGGAGCUGUUCCGGUGCUACGCACGAGGAAAAUGAAGUUGAACUCACAGACUCGACUAUAGCUGGUUCCAACUUCAAAACCAGGGCAACACAGAAGAGGCUCAGGGACGACAGCAUACUCCCCUUUUCAGCAUUCUUGACUGACAACUUUGGCCGCAGGCACAACUACCUACGAAUCUCCCUCACAGAGAAAUGCAACUUCCGCUGUCAGUACUGCAUGCCAGAGGAGGGGGUGAAGCUCACACCACGGGGCCAGCUGCUAUCCACCUCGGAGGUGCUGACCCUGGCUCGCCUCUUCGUCCAAGAGGGGGUGGACAAGAUCCGCCUCACUGGAGGGGAGCCGCUCAUCAGACCUGAUGUGCUCCAUAUUAUCACUCAGCUCAGAAAGUUGGAGGGCCUCAAGACUAUCGCCGUGACAACCAAUGGCAUGAACUUGGCUCGGCUUUUGCCAAACCUUAAAGAGGCCGGCUUGGACCUGAUCAACAUCAGCCUGGAUUCAUUAGUUCCUGCCAAAUUUGAGUUUAUUGUCAGACGGAAAGGGUUUCACAAAGUAAUGGAGGGCAUUGAAAAGGCCAUUGAAUUGGGCUACAGUCCUGUGAAGAUCAACUGCGUGGUCAUGCGAGGCCUGAAUGAGGAUGAGCUGCUUGAUUUUGCAGCACUGACAGAGAAGAAGCCUCUGGAGGUGCGCUUUAUAGAAUACAUGCCCUUCGAUGGCAACAAGUGGAACUUUAAGAAGAUGGUGAGCUACCAGGAGAUGCUGGACCGCAUCAGGCAGAAGUGGCCCGACCUGGAGAUGCUUCAAGCUGGACAGACAGACACCGCCAAGACAUUUAAAGUCCCAGGCUUCAAAGGUCAGCUGGGCUUCAUCACCUCCAUGUCUGACCAUUUCUGUGGCUCCUGCAAUCGCUUACGCAUCACGGCAGACGGCAACCUAAAGGUGUGUUUGUUUGGUAACUCAGAGGUCUCUCUCAGAGAUGUCUUACGCUCUGGUGCGUCCGAUGAAGAGCUGCUGCAAAUUAUUGGUGCCGCUGUGGGCCGGAAGAAGAAACAGCAUGCAGGCAUGUUCAGUAUUUCUCAGAUGAAGAACAGGCCUAUGAUCCUCAUUGCAGGUACCACAUCUCAGACGUUCCUGCCAAAGCUACAAGACAGCAAGAGGGCUUUCCCCAUCAGUUCCCAGCUUAAAAAUGACACGUUCCUCUCUCCAGCAACAACUCAUCAUUUAGGCAGCAGGAAAGUCUUGAAUAGAGAGGAUUGUUUGUGCCUUUCAGACUCCACUAACUUAACACAGGAAGCCAGUGUUUGCUGCUCUGGAACCUUAAUGAGUGGGGGUACCCAUGUUAAGAUGCAUAUCAACACAGAAAAACCUAACCACAAUGAAGUAGCAUCCCUUCCCUCUGCAGAGAUUGGUAAUUAUCACAUUAGUUGUCACACUAAGACUGAAUGUUUCAGGACACGCACAAAUGUCACAAGCUAUGUUAAUGAAGUCGGUCUCAGGAACGCACGAGCCCGGAGUCCUAAUGUUCUGACGAGCCACGUGCCCAGGACCCCAGGAGCACCUGUUUUUUGCACACUGCUGAUAGAUGCCAAAAUAAAUCAGAGAAACCACCCUGUUAGAUUCUGCCACAGUCAAAAUUCCAGCGAGGACGCCAGUUGUAAAGAGUCUGAGAGCAACCAGACAACAGAUCUCAAAGCUCAGCUGACACAUACAGACGCCCAGGGCCGAGCCACCAUGGUGGAUGUGGGGGGGAAACUUCCCACAUGUCGAACAGCCAUAGCCUGCGCCACCGUUAGCUUAGGCCCCACCGCCUUCCGCCUGCUUCGAGAUAACCAGCUGGCCAAGGGCGACGCCUUGACUGUGGCGCAGUUGGCUGGCAUCAUGGCUUCGAAGCAGACCUCCACCCUCAUCCCCCUCUGCCACCCUUUACCCUUAGACCACACCUCCGUCACAUUUCACCUCGAUGAGCUUCUUAACGCCGUCAUCAUCACAGCGACAUGUCGUACCACGGGCAGGACGGGAGUGGAGAUGGAGGCUCUGACCGCCGCUUCUGUAACAGCGCUCACCGUCUACGAUAUGUGUAAGGCGGUGAGCCAUGACAUCAUCAUCACGGAUAUAAAACUGGUCAGUAAGACAGGCGGGAAAAAGGACUUUCAUCGUCAUUCAAAACAGGAAGAAUGAGAUCAAAGACUGCACUAUGGUUUUCCACAAAUUACACUUUGUGCCAUCAAUGAAAAACACAUCCUGUUGGGCAGUUAUCCCUCCUACUCUGAAUCAUUUUGUCUAAUAUGUAAUUUACUGAAGUUUCAUCAAUAUUUUCAGUGUCACUAAUUCCUGUUUUUCCCUCUAGAGGGUGCACAAGUAUUACAUUUAUAGUCCUCCCUGGAGGUUUUUGGAGUGAAGAAGAAACUGAUUGCAGAUGGCACUGAUGAUGUGCUUUUAAAUUUUAAAGAAUUUCAUUUAUGAAACUUGAAAACUGAACAUGAACAAAAGAACAGAGCAGCAAACGUUUCAGUGCAUAUUCCAGUCAGACCCAUACUCGCUUGCUCUUUUUCUUAACUUGCUUUUUAUUGCAGUGACUAACACUACCACUAUGAUUGUUUUAACCUUGCAUUUUUUUUUAGAUAAUUAGAAUAUGAAAUGUUAGUUUUGAUGUUUUUCUACCUACCUCUGUAGUGCACUGCAAACUAGAUUUGUACUACAUGAAAGUAGAGGAUGCUAGUAAAAUAAACGUAUCAAAUGACUGAUAACACAAAUAACCCGUUACACAGUACGUGAACCCAUUAUUGCUCAGUGUGUUGUUUAAGUCUGUGUUCCUGUAACUUCCCUCCACUUUUGUGCUGUCUGUACCAGCUGUUUUCUCUUGUUUUUGAAGAUUAUGAUUUUUAUUGGUUGCAUUAACUGUGCAUUCACUUCAUAUCAUCACACAUCUCUCUUUUUUUAAAUGAAGUAUGGCAUGUUUUGUGUUCAUUUCCCCCUCAGAGAAUGGCAGUGUUCUCCGGUUAUAUCAUAACGUUCGUGCACUGGAUAUAACAAUGAGUAAUGUGAGGCUUCACAGGGUGGUUCCACUCUGGUUACAACACACAGCUUGUUCCACUAUGUUUUUCAGAUAAUUAAAGAAACACUAAAAGGGA